UAUUCGAGAUGUCCAAGGGAUUCCAAAGAAUAAACAACAUCGACGCUCCCGAAAAGAUGGGAUUGCUCUCUUCGAAUGUUGGAGUGAACAAAGACGAACUCACGGUGAAUACGGGAAAGACUGACAUAAACAGGGUUGGCAUGGUUGAAGAGGUGAAUGGUGAAACAGAACUGGACUAUUUCUCCACGAAUGAGUGUAACAGAAUCAGCGCGACUGAGGGCGUGAACUACCCACCCAACCUGAUCCAGGCAAAGAAACCUGUUCGUUACCUGUUCCUACCAGCUUGUCGCGCGAUGCCCAUGGAGUUUGAUGAAGAGGUGUCGAUUCUGGACGGAAAAGUUUCCGCUUAUAAGUACAAACAGCCUCAAAGUGUGUUUCAGACGGCUGAUGAAUAUCCCGAGAAUCAAUGCUACUGCAGCGAAGCUGGAGCGUGAGCGCCGCUCUUCAUCUCCAAGCCCCACUUCAAGGGCGGUGAUAGGAGAAAGCUGGCGGAGAGCAUCAGAGGUCUUCAGCCCAAUCGGUCGGACCUACCCGAAUCAAUCGUGUACGUUCAUCCACAAUUUGGUUACCUGAUGUCUGGCCAAACCGUCAUCCGGUGA